CGUUUAGCACAUUCGUCACCGUCCACCGCCCGAGCUGUUCUGUAUUCUGGCCUGCUAUGUCGAGGUUAGGAACUGUUUACUUCAUACUUGUCAAAGCUGCGGGCGUCGAGGGUCGACGUAGGCGAAACAUGAGGGAGAUCUGAGGAAUUGACGGGACGCUCUCGCGGGAAAAAUCAUGUUUUUCCCCGUAGGAUGGCCGCGGGUCCUCAACACCUGCGAGCAAGGCAAGAUAAAUGCAGUGGUGUGCAACCGGGACAAAAUUAUGUUCGCCGUUCUCACCGCGGACGCUCUCGUCAUCUGGUACUGCAAGCCCUGUGUGCCAAUUGUAUUUAGCAGACGGUCCGCGAAUUCUUUGUGGCAACACGGUGAGAACGUCUUGGUGCAAUGGAGACCAGACUCGAGUAUGCUGGUCAUCGCGACGUCGGACAGCUACCUGCUGUUCUACAGGCUGUCGGACAACAGUGCGGAGGGUCGGGGACUUUACGUACAACGAGACUCACCGGUUACCAGCUUGAAGCGGGAUAGUGCGGAAUUAUUUAUCAAAGAAGUCAUUCCAUCCCUCGUCUUGAGUUUCGAAAAGUCGGCUUGGAUCGACGGUGGGAUCAGUUCGUUAGUUUGUAUACGAGACGAGCUUAUGGUAGCGACCAAAACUAGCCAUGUGGUGCGCCACAAAUGGGACGGCACCAUGAAUCGCGACUAUUCGCUGGACCUGAGACGUAUACCGUUCAGUAUUGAUCAGCAAAUUUCUUCGGUGGCCGUGCCACUUACGGAGAACAACAUUUAUGUUACCGAUAUCGAGUAUUCGCCUCUCGUCGGAGGUUUCGCUAUUGUGCUAAAUAAUGGCAAGGCUGCAUUUCUCACUGCUCAAUCUUUGAAAUUCGAUCCUAAUCAAGUGCAGGGAAUCUGGGCUCAGGAUUUGGACGACGCUACUUGCGCCGCUGUUAAUCAUAAAUAUCGGCUGAUUGCCAUUGGCAGGCAAAACUCGGAAGGCGUCGUAUAUUAUGUCGAUGAAACAACUGGCAGUUUGGAGAUGUCGCACACCCUGAGUCUAUCCUCCAAGGAUUACCCAGGUCGACCGGGCAGCGUCAAGUGUCUCAGAUGGACGCCCGACAGUUGUGCGAUCGCUCUGGCUUGGGAAGGCGGCGGCUUAGCGCUGUGGAGCACCUUCGGCGCCCUGUUGCUCUGUAGCUUGAAAUGGGACUACGGCCUACGCGUGGAUCUGACGCACGAUAAUCCUCUGCACAUCCAUACGAUGGAAUGGUCCGCCGAAGGCUAUCAGUUGUGGAUGCUGCGAGAAUCCCCGGAAUCUCCCGUUACCAACGAAAACGGCAACAUGGCGACCAAUUCAAGCCGCUCUCUAAUUCAAUUGGACUUUGCUAAAAGCCCCCUGACUAUCAACCCGUGCAUGGGCCAUCACGGGCACCUGUAUCUUCAGGGCGAGGACAGGCUGUAUUUAAAUUUAGGCGCCGGAUUAUCCUCGACCGCUUCGGGCUUCCAUCUUGCCGCCGAAAUGCCCAACGACAGUAUGCUCCAGACACUCGCCGGCUGCAAACAGUGGCUCGUUGUGCCUAUACCGUCUGAGUACAGUGGCUCUAAUUGGCCGAUUCGGUACACCGCGAUAGACAGCGAAGGUUUGAGUCUUGCAGUGGCCGGUCGAACGGGAUUAGCACAUUAUUCCCUACCCUCGAGAAAGUGGAAGUUGUUCGGUAACGAGAGCCAAGAGCGGGACUUCAUAGUGACUGGCGGACUGCUGUGGCAUAAAGGAUAUCUCAUAGCCAGCAGUUAUUCCAUAUUGGACGAUAAGGACGAGAUUAGAAUUUACCCGCGCGACACGCGGCUCGAUAAUAAUUAUGUCAAGAGCGUCAAGAUGCCCUCGCAGGUGCUGCUGUUGAACACGACCAAAGACAGACUUUUGACUUUCUGUGCCAAUGCUCAAAUUAGCAUCUACGAUAUGAUGUUGCAAAAUGACUUGGAAGCCGGCGGCAUCGAGCUAACGAGAAUACAAACGGUGGAUAUCAGCGGACUGUGCGUACAUCCCGCUUGCGUGGUGAGCGCCACGCUGACGUCGAUUCGCGCGGAGACCGCCGGCAGUCAUCCUCAUCCUGAGAGUCUCCUGCUGAACGUCUCCGGGCGUCUUCUCAUGGUACAACGUGAGCACUCUCCCGACACUUCGGAGGUACUCUUCACGUGCGGCGCGCCGACGGUGUUAGCGUCCUACGUCGAGAACGUUUGGGUGCCGUCGCGCUCGAGGAGGGACAAGCCGCAUUUGACCGAGGCUCUCUGGCUGUUCUGCGGGGCUCACGGCAUGCGAGUUUGGUUGCCGCUAUUCCGUAAUCAUCAGGAGAAGGCGCAUGCCUUCAUGAGCAAGCGGAUAAUGCUACCGUUUCACUUGCGCAUUUACCCACUGGCGAUACUCUUCGAAGACGCGAUUCUACUGGGAGCCGAGAACGACACGGUGCUGUUCACAUCGGAUACCAACUCGCCCUUUUCACUGCCCUUCAAUUUAUUGGAGCUUACGAGUCAGGUAUAUCUGCAUCAGAUUCUACGUCAAUUGAUACACAGGAACUUGGGCUAUCACGCGUGGGAAAUAGCGCGUUCGUGCUCGGCAUUGCCGUACUUCCCGCAUUCGUUGGAACUGUUGCUUCACGAGGUCCUCGAGGAGGAAGCGACGAGCAAGGACCCAAUUCCGGAUGCUCAGUUACCGUCCGUCGUGGAGUUUAUCCGCGAGUUUCCCGGUGUUUGGGCCAGAGCCGUCGUGCAAUGCGCUCGCAAGACCGAGAUCGCGCUCUGGCCGUAUCUGUUCUCCGUCGCCGGUCCGCCGAAGAAGCUACUGCAAGAUUGUCUGCAGCGUCAGCAACUCGACACCGCCGCCAGUUAUCUAAUUAUUCUACAGAAUUUAGAGCCAUCCUCCGUCAGCCGGCAGCACGCUACGUUAUUGUUGGACGCCGCGCUAGAGCAAGGUCGAUGGGAGCUGUCGAGGGAUCUCGUGAGAUUCCUUAGAGCAAUCGAUCCAAAUGACGUGGAGUCACCACGUACGUCGUGGAGUGGCAGUGCGAAAUUGGUGGGCCCUCCCCAGACACCUCCUCUUUCUCCGCACGAGGACGAUCUGGCCUUGGUCUUGGGCACUAUGCAAGUUUCGAGGAGCCGCAGUUACAGCACCACGAUUACGCCCAAAGUGCAAUCCGAGAAAGAUGUCGCGCCGUCCUCCAUGCUCGAGAAAACCCGAAACGUUGUUAUGAGGCGAAAGAAGUCGGUUCCGACAGUAAAAACUAGCGAGAAAACUGAAAACAAGGAAGGAUCGGCGGAGGAGUUCUUCAUCGACGUCAUUUUGCAACGUCACGCCCGGCGGCUGCUCUCGGCUCGCCGCUUGACCGACUUGGGUAGAUUCGCGGCCCGUCUUGAUUUUCAUUUAGUGACAUGGUUCGCCCGAGAGCGCGACAGAGCAGCAAAAAUCGACGAUUACGUGGGCACGUUGAAGGCAGUCCACGAGGACUUUGUGUUUCCAUACCCGACGCUUUCGUUGCCAACGCUGCAGAGAUUUCGAAGAUCUAGCCUGACCUCGCUACACUCGAUAAUAUCCGACGACGAGACCCUGUCGCCGAACUUUGUUGUUGACGUACCUGACAGUGGUUACACUAGUCUUCCAAGCGGUAGGCCACCGUAUACAUCGCUGGUCUCCCCCGUCGCCAGCUUAGAGACGCAAUUUCCAACCGCGGAAGCCAAAUUAACGCCGAAUCUGAUAAAUGAUGCCAACAGUGUUCUUAGUGAUACUAGUACAAUAUGGCGAGACGAUGCAGAAUCCAUGGUUGGCUCCGUAUGCUGGGUCUCCCCGGAGUCGGUGAGUGCUACAGAAGUCAAUCCAGCCUCAUUGACUUCCGCACCUAUCGGUCGGGCGGAAGUGCAGCUCAGGUAUUUACUGCAGCUGUUUCUUGAAGGUAGUUGUCUAGGAUGGGCUGCGGUAGUAGCUACCGUCCUUCGAGACGCGGCGGCCAUGGCUAGAACUGUCAGAACGGCACAUGCACCGAUGCAAACUUUCGACUCUAUAAUCAAUCUAAGAGAUGGAUUGCUUACAUUGACCAAGUGGUCUCAUUCAGAAUGUUUGGGAUACCGUCCUUUCAUGUCCAACAUCCAAAGCCAGAUAUCGUUGUUGAAUCGACUGGUGAUAAUCAAGCAACAGCAGGAACAGGAACAGAUACCGGAAAGCCCCUCGCCGAGUCCGGCUCCGUCCGCCGGCAGCAAUCAGCGCGGCACUCUCUCCCGCUCGAGGCACUCUUCGAUCAGUCACGCCUCCAACACGGCUCCGCUCGAAGAGGAACGCUCGCACGAAUCACUCUUGGCCGCCGAGGAGUCGGUAUUUCACGGAAGUUACAAUAAUAAUCUCAACGUCACGGAGGACACGUCGCCGCAGAGCGCUUGCACGAUCUCUUAAGGGUGCUUCACGAGAGAACUUCGAAAGCUAAGGCUGUCCACUUCACCGUGUAUUUCACAUACCAAAUGGAUUGUUUUUAUUUAAGACCAAGCAAGACGAAAGAUAUUACUCGAUUAUGUUUCACGCAGAGUAAGAGAGUAUUCCGUAUACUAUAUAAUUAUUACUUCAAAGAGAUCUUAUUUUUAAGGCCGUUGAUUAUAAGGCCUUGAUUUUGUCCUGAUAUUAAGGAUAAUUUUUAUAAUGCGACAAUAUUCUGCAAAACUAAUACGAACAUCCUACAUUUCUAAUGCAGGUUGUUCCAGAAGUCCAUAUAAUUCGAAGAAAUCCUGAAGAUUUGUACAUAACGUUUUCGAACAUCUUUUUAUUAACUUUACAUCGAAGACUUUGAAUUGUACAGGGUGAAAUAUGUAAAGAUGAAUGAUUCACGUGUGUAUAUAAGCACCUACGAUAUUAUUAUUAAAAUAUUCGCCGCGUCGCGCGAGGAAUAAACCUUCGGACGCGAUGUACGAAGUCGCCAAAGCCAAUGGCAGUUGUUAAACGAUUUUACCGCUGUGCAUAAAAGCACGUGCAUGUGAGAGAUACUCAUUCGUUAAUUAUGAGCAAAGGGGAAAUAGCAAUAUAAUGGAGCUAAUGAAUGAACAGCGGUUCAAAGAUAUUAAAUCAAAAUCUUGGCGCAUUAAGAGGUCUGAUAUUAGAAUGAUAAUUAUGUAAUACGCAAAAUGAUGAAAAUUAUUAAUAAGCUAUUUAUACAUAUUGUAACAUAGACGAUCAUACAAGUACAUGUUAUAUUUUCACAUAAAA